CAAUUUCCGUACCCCAAUAUUACUCUCCAGUCAACCGACUAACAUUGCUAAGGUACCUAACCGAUGAGUGUUGACAGCAGGUUCUCGGGCCUGCUGUCAACACCGAGGGCCGAGGGAAGUCCGUGUAUAAAGGUGGUGGUGCACAGCGGCUUUCAGAUGCCCCAUCCUGUGCUCGAUACCAUCGCGUUCCUGAUGUCUACCCCACAUAUUGCCAUAAUUGGCGCCGGCCCAUGCGGGCUCACGCUCGCGCAGCUUCUCGAGCGCAAAGGAAUCGCAAACUACAUCGUCUACGAGCGAGAUGACAGCCCUAACUCCAAUCGUGCGGGGGGCAGCCUAGACAUUCAUCCCGAAACAGGCCAACGCGCCCUUCGAGAGGCCGGUUUAUUCGACAAGUUCAAGGAGUGUGCGAGGUAUGCCGACACUGCCUUUGCACUGGGCGACAAAAAUGGCAACAGGAUAUUCCAAAUGGGCGAAGGACGUGACGCCCCGGAGAUCGACCGCGCCGAACUCCGCAAAAUUCUGCUCGAUGCCGUGCCCGAGGGCAAGAUCAGGUGGGGGCAUAUUUUGAAAGAAGUGACGUUUGGAGAUGAUGGAAGGCCCCGGUUACGCUUUGAAAAUGGGACAGUUUUGUCUGGGGUCAAGCUUGUUGUUGGAGCCGAUGGGGCAUGGAGCAAGGUGCGGCGGGUGAUCACGAAAGCUACACCCCAGUUCGCUGGAAAAGCCUAUCUCGAAGGAAGGAUCCGCCGUGACAACCCACUCUACAAAACCAUGACUGGGGAAUUUGGCCCUGGAAUGUACCUGGCCAUCGGUGACAAAAAGAUCACCAUCACACAGAGGCAAGGCGACGGUUCCUACCGCAUCUAUUUUGGAUUCCAAACUCCGGAGUAUUUCUUCCGCACGCUCGACCUCCAAAACGUUGAAGGAAUUCGCGAGAUGUUGCUUUCUUCCAAGUAUUAUGGAGACUGGGCAGAGGGAACCAAAGACCUCAUCCGCCACGCAACCGACUUCUGGGCUUGGUCGCUAUACACAUUGUCGAAAGAGGACCUGAGCUGGAAGUCAGUCUCAGGAGCAACCCUCUGCGGCGACGCUGCUCAUGUGACCGUCCCGAAUGGAGAGGGGGUCAAUCUCGCAAUGGCGGACGCGUUGGAGUUAGCCACCAGCAUUGCACAGCACGGGGUCGAAGAACUAAAUGAAGCGGUUGCAGAAUACGAGAAAGGCAUGCUCGGGCGUGGUGCUGAAACGAUUGCUCAGGGGGAGAUGAUGACCGAAGCAAUGUUUGUGGAACGACCAGAGAUCUUUGUCCAAAAGUUUGGCCCGAUCAUGGGACUGAAUAAUUGAGCCGGUCAAGAAGGGCAGGUAAGGUAGGUAGGUACCUUAGGUAGUAGGUAGAGCUAUUAGUCAUCCGUAGACAACAUGGAUGAUGAUGUUUGUUCAUGAUUUCGAAUCGGGUCUUCGUUCCUCCGGUUGAGGGUACAUUCAUUGCGUUCAA